UUUUGGGGACCUUAUUUCAUAAUUCUCUCUUUUCCCUGCUGCUGCACAGGUUUGCUGUGAGUGUUGGCUACUGGAAGGACCCUUACAUCCAGUAUUUUGUGAGACAAGCCAAGGAAAGGAAGGCUCCUGAGAUCAACAGAGGUUACUAUGCUCGUGUGCACGGCGUCAGUCACCUGGUCAAGGCUUUCCUGGAGAAGACAGCAUGCAACUGCCAGAUUGUCAACCUUGGGGCUGGCAUGGACACCCUCUUCUGGAGGCUGAAGGAUGAAAAUCUCCUCCCUAAGAAAUAUUUUGAAGUGGAUUUUCCAAUGAUCGUUGCAAGAAAAAUACAUAAUAUCAAAUCAAAACCUCCCCUGUCAAAACCAAUUAUGGAAUCCCAUUCAGGGGACUCUCUUCUAAUAGAUUCCCACAGCCUGGACUCCAGCCGCUACUCCAUCGUGGGAGCAGACCUCCGCUCCUCCCCAGAUCUGGAGGACAAGCUGAAGAAGCAUGGCUUGGAUACACAUUUGCCAACGCUGCUGGUGGCCGAGUGUGUGCUGGUUUACAUGACCCCCCAGCAGUCUGCAAACCUGCUCAAGUGGGCAGCAAGCACCUUCCCCGUGGCCAUGGUUAUCAAUUAUGAGCAGGUGAACAUGAGGGACCGCUUUGGGCAGAUCAUGAUCGAGAACCUGCAGCGCCGGCACUGCAACCUGGCUGGGGUGGAGCUCUGCAGCUCCCUGGACUCCCAGAGGGAAAGGCUGCUGCAGAGUGGCUGGGAGAACGCCCGUGCCGUGGAUAUGAUGAAGGUGUACAGCUUCCUGCCACAGGCUGACGUCAAAAGAAUAGAAGCCCUUGAAUUCCUGGAUGAAAAGGAACUGUUUGAGCAGCUCAUGCAGCACUACUGCAUCUGCUGGGCUUCCAAGGACAGCAGCAACCUGGGUCUGGCAGACAUCGACUUCUGAGGGCUGCAGGGAGGGAGCCCUGGGGAGCCCAGGGCUGGGGCCAGGACGUGGAGAGGAUGGGAUUUGCACGUGGCAGCCCCAGCUGGGGCUGGGACACUCGUGGUGCUGCUGCUGGGGACGGGCCUGCUGCCCCUGGGGGAUCCAGGGAGCAAUUUCUGUGAGCAGGACUGGGCCCAGCUGUUCAACGGUGGGCUCGCACAAGGUGUCAGUAACUCCUGUUCAAAGCUUGCCUUCCUUGGCCUAGCACUGCAAGGCAGGUGUGUUUGGGUUCCUUGAUUUCCCUCUCGUGUGUUUUUGUGGCUGUGUAACCCGUGUUUGUGGCAGGCAGCUGGGGGUGCCUGGCAGGAGGGGGUUUGUGCAUUUCUGUUCUGUUCAGGUCUCAUGUUGGUGCAGUGUCACCGUGCUGGCUCCUGCAGGCUUCACUGCCCCGCAGGGCUCUCACUGCUGGGAGCUCCUGGAGGGGAGGCUGCAGAGGAGGGCCCUGACUGUUCAGUGAUGUACAGGAAACUGGAAAAUAGACCUGAUUUAACUGGGAAGGGCUUGGCUUGAGGUUUCAGCACUGGCAUGCUGAAGAAGGAAAUUUAUCUCAAUUUGCACUGCUUCUGGUAGUAUCUUUACACCAGUUCCUCCUCUCUUUCCCCUUAAAAGAAGCAAAACAAAAUCCCAACAGCAAUGAAAGCCCUUGUCCUGUUGUUUGAAAUUGAAUCUUGCAACCUUCCUAUGAGGAAAACCAAUAAAUGUUUAGUAUUUGUAAUUUG